AUGAUCGCCUACGCUUGUUGUCGACCACUCGCGAGGCCGUGGCCGUGUGCUGAGGUGCUGAGCGCAGCACUCCAAGUCGCUGGGGCAUCAUUCACUCCGCAGCCAAGUGUGGGAGCCGCUGAUUCGAAGCCGGACCCCGAUGCUCUGCGAGUGACUGCCACUCUGCUCGCCCAGGCCGCGAGCGCUUCAGCGGACCCUCGCGCUGCUCGCACCACUCCUGCACUCGCAACCCACGGCCCACGACUCGCGAGCCUGGGGCCCCAAGCUGGCCGAGGCUGCUCCUGGCGGCGGAUGCACUGUCGUCGACAUUCCGGCCUCGAGCGCAGCGGGGCGUUCGCGGCACAGGGGAAGACGCAGACACCGUGCCGCCCCAUUGGUCGAGCGCGCCGCCGACGGCUGAUCUGCUCGAAUGGCUGUGGAAAGGGGAGACCAGUGCUGUUCCUUUUGUUACGCGAGCCUCUCAUCUCGAUACGCAGCGUGCCCACCAGCGUCAUGCCAGCGCAAUUCCGGGUGAUGCGCACAUGGACAGCGGCGAUGAGGAAGGGGGCAUGGGCCUCUGCCAUCGGAGAAUAUUUCGUCUCCAGACCUCCCUCCACCACGACUCUUGAAGAGCGCAGUUCGGAGUCUGGGUCCUGCAUGCUUCACGGCAUUGCCGCAGUGGGUGAGAUGCGUACGCGAUGGGCGAACGAAGAGGCUGCGGGCGCUACUCCUACAGCCCCCCCCCCCUCCACCCUUCCCCCCACCCCACUCCUCAACUCUCCUAUCCCUUUUUUCCGACUUCACCUCAAGCGCCGCCCCAGUAUCUUCACCCAUACGCCUCUUCCAUUGCUCGUUGGCGGGCUACUGUUGCUCGCUCUGUUUGGCGCCCUCUGUCCUCCCCGCGCUCGUUGGGCAAGACCUUCGCCUUCGCCUGCCGUCAUGGGCCUGACAUCGUUCUCUCCACAGUGGCCGCUGAUCUGCACAAUCAAGGGGCACAUAGUGCCUCCCGUCUGGCUCUCGGAAAGCGGCGCAGGGUGUCUGAUUCCAGUGUUGAAUUGUACCUUGCAGCGCCCAAUCCUAUUUGGUCUCUGUGCAACUGAACAAUUUCUACGUGAACUUGGACUUGUCCGACGAAUGCGGACAUCAUCCAUGUAUGUGCUGGCUGCGACAACACCACUUGCGGUGGCCAAGACUAGUUCCACCACCACC